CAACACGCACGGGGAGUCGGUGCGCUUCCCAGCAGCGUCCCUAUGGAGGAGACGAAACAACUGUAAAGUCCCCAAAAGAAGAUUUGCGGCUAAAUUUUUGCACUCUCUUUUGUUUGGAUUUCAACGCUUUUGGUGCAAAAGGUGUGCAGAAAAAGAGAUGAGCAGUCCCGAUGCGGGCUACGCCAGCGACGAUCAGAACCAGGCAAGGUGCGCGAUGUCAGUAAUGAUGCCUGGGAUGAGACACUGCCAGUGGGCCGCCGAGCCCCUCAGCCCCCUCGGGGAGCCCAAAACUAAGAGCGAGGCGGCGGUGGCCGCUGGGGGCGCGGCCGCGGGCAACCAGCAGCCGAGUCGCGGCAAGAGCGAGCCCAGGAUCCGGCGCCCCAUGAACGCCUUCAUGGUGUGGGCGAAAGACGAGCGCAAGCGGCUGGCGCAGCAGAACCCGGACCUGCACAACGCCGAACUCAGCAAAAUGCUCGGCAAGUCGUGGAAGUCGCUACCGGCGCCGGACAAGCAGCCGUUCGUGGAGGAGGCAGAACGUCUGCGAGUUCAACACAUGCAGGACCACCCCAACUACAAGUACCGGCCCCGCAGGCGUAAGCAGGUCAAGCGGAUUAAGCGGCUGGACUCGGGCUUCCUGCUGCAUGGAGCUUCUGAGCAGCGGGCGCUCGGGGAUGGGGCGGGGGGGCCGGCCUACCACGAGCACGCCGGGUUCCCGCCGAUCCCUCAGCAGCAUCAUCAUCAGCCGCCCCUGGGUCACUACCGCUCGGACCCCCUCGGGGGCCCCUCCUACGAGAGCUACAGCCUCCCCACGCCAGACACCUCGCCCCUGGACGCCGUGGACGCCGACUCCAUGUUCUUUCCGCCCCAGGAGGACUGCCACAUGAUGUACGCCUACCACCCACAGGGCAGCGACUACCAGCACCAGGAGUCCCUCCUCCAGCACCAGCAGCAGCACCCUGCUUCCUACGUGGGGUGCCCCAACCCCUUGACGGUCUACUACGGUCACGCCAAGCGACACCCCGGGGCUGGGCAGCUGUCGCCGCCGCCCGACUGCCAGCCGCAUGCCGCGGCCGACAACACCGAGCUGCUCUCCGAGGUGGACCGAAGUGAGUUUGAGCAGUACCUGGGCUCGUCGGCGUACGGGGUCCCGCAUGAGGCCGGAUCACAGGGACCCGAGGGCCUCAUAUCGUCCGUGCUGUCGGACGCCAGUACCGCCGUCUACUACUGCAGCUAUAACAACUCCUAAAACCUCGGCGCUAUGUUGGACAUUUCGACGCAACUCCGAGGCCAGACUACUGAAGGACAUUUAUUUUUUUUAGCAAACACUGUUUUUGAUUUGAUUGCUCGCUCGCGCAGGGAUCUCAAGUAAUUUUGUACAGUCACUAUUUCAGUCUUUUUUUUUUAAUACUUUUGCACUUUUGACUAAUAAAUUUUUGCAAACAAAUCAA